UCGUGUCCUCGGGAUUCUCUCGUCACAGUCUCUCUUCCUCGUGCCACUAAGAAUAAAAAGCCCGCUUCACUCAAACUUUUUCACACAUUUGCCUCCUAAACUCUCACGAUGCUGCAGCUGUUGACAUUCCUGGUGGAGAAGCUCUCCCUCGUGUCCAACUUCAAACUUUUUGAGUCCAGCUGGUUGGACGGUAAGGACCAUGAGCUCCCUGCACAGCGCGGUCCGCUGCCGCCCCCCCGGAGAGGAGACCUGCUUGAGGUCCCAAGAACCAUCUUCACCCACUACGGUAUUUACCUAGGAGACAAUAAAGUAGCCCACCUGAUCCCUGACAUCCUCCCUGUGCUUACAAAAGACGAGAAGCUCAUCAGCUCUGUCAUAACAAACAAGAGACUCAUCCUCGGCUGCAUGUAUAAGGCUGCUACGGUACGCGUGGACACACUGGAAGAUUUUGCAUAUGGCUGCAACAUACUGGUUAAUCGUACGGAUAAGUUGAUGAAGGCGCAAGCGUUUCCCAAUGAAGUUGUCGCCAGGAGAGCUGAAAAACUCAUGGGAGCAAUCCCCUACAGUCUGCUGUGGAAUAACUGUGAGCACUUUGUGACAUACUGCAGAUACGGGUCUGCAGCGAGCCGCCAAACAGAGAAGUUCUGUGAGUGUCUGAAAUCAAUCAUCAGAGACCAGCGCAGCGUCAUUGUUACAGGACUGCUUGGAAUUAUCUCCAUCGUUUGUUUUGGCAUGGCACCUUCAACGACAUUACCUACAAUUCUUGUUCCCUUCACUCUGUGGAUGGCCGGUUAAAGGGGCUCAGCACUAAGAACAUGCAAAUGAACUGACUGGCAAAGAAGGCUGACUGGAAACCUCUUCCAAAUGGUGCAUUAUUGUCAUGCGAUGCCUUAUAAGUCUGCUUUACAACAAUACUUUCAUUUUAUUGUGUAGACAAUAUUGAAUCUUUUGUGUAGCAAUACUUUUCUAUAUGGCUCCUAUACUUGUGCUCUUGUAAAAGUGUAGUGAAAUACAUGAAAUCUUUGAUAUACACAUCGUUGCUAACAUUUGAGUCACAAUGAAUGUGAAUAUACAGUGGUACAUGGACUGUAGCAAUAUCUUUAGCAUCAUAAUGUGUAUAUAGUGGAUACUUUAUAGUAGUGCACUUAAUAUAAUGCUGUAAAUAUGACAAAUGUUUAAUAAACAAUUUAUUUUUA